AUGGAUCGCGAUACAAAUAACGACAAUGGCGGUCGUUCUUCGUCGUCAUAUCCGUCGUCUUCUUCGCCUACGACGCCCUGGACUGUCAUGGCUGCUGCUGCCGCCGCGGGGACCACAUGGACGGGACUAGCAGCAGCAAGGGACGCCCGCAACCGAAGGAAUAGCACGACUACGCAAGCUACUACAGCAACAGCAAACGAAACUGACGCACAACCGUCCACAACCGUCGUCUCGUCAUCCAUGUUGAGGUACCUCGCCAACAUCUCUCAGCAUUUCGCUCUUCAUGGAUUGGUCCACGGCACAGGUUCCGACAUUUCGCUACGGGCGUUCGGCAAGACAUAUCGUCUCCACCGACUCAUACUGCUGCAGGCGACCUUCUUUGAGAACAUGUUCCAAGGUCCCUGGCAGGAGAAGAGCAAGGAUACGGUGGACAUGACAUUUGACGACCCCAACAUUACGCAGGAAGGGUUCGAUAUUGCGAUUGGUCGACUUUAUGGGGUCUGGGCUGUUGAGCGCGAGGAUGAAGGUGUUGCGGAGGACAGGGAGUAUGAACUGGACUUUGGAGCGGGGCUGGCGGAUGACCUUGUGGACAUGGAUACGACACACUCGCCAAGCAAAAGCGGACAGGCUGUGCCACCGUCGAUUCUGAGCCCGCGGAACGUGAUUUCAGUCCUGGCGGUCGCAGCCUACCUCGGAGUCGAAUCGCUCUGCGAGCAGUGCGCAGACUUUGCGAUCAGGACGCUCAGGACCGACUAUCUCUUGCCCUACAUCGAGUUCAGCCACCAGAGCGACUACUUCCCUUGGUCGGACAAGAUUGUCGAGGCCUGUCAUUCAUACAUCUGUCGUAACGGGUUUGAGGAUCCCAAGAUGAUCUGUCUGCAGGUCUUUGAGCAGUUGCCCUUGGAUUGGUUAUUAAAGGUCUUGGGUUCGGAUGCCUUUUGGGUGCCCUCUGAGUGGGAGCGGUACGAGCUUUGUCGACAGAUUGUGCACCGCCGUCGAGCCAUUUCUGCCAUAAUCCGAACACUCCCCCCUGGCGACAAUUCUUCUGCUGAUGGCCGGAACACAGAGGAGCAGGGAUACGAGGAUGAAGAUGAGGCGGCGUAUGAGGCCUUAUUCUCGAGCGGAGUUAUUUAUAUGUACAUGAGUCUCGAGCAGCUGCAGUGCAUCCAACGCGACAUUGACCCCAUCUCAGGUCUCCGGUUCGUCCGUUCUUCCGUCAUCCAGGAGGCCCUGUGGCACCAAAUCGAGUUCCGCAACCUCAUUGAGGCCCACGGCCCCAAGGAACCCACCCCUACUCCCAACAACAGCCGCCGCAACAACAGUAGAGUCGGCAGUCAUAGAACCGCCGGUACCGGUGGCAAUAGUACUAUCGGCCUCGUCACACCAAAUUUCCCAGGUCACACUGAUGUGGGAUAUGAGGGUUCGGACUGGAUUCGGAGACCGUUUGCAAUGUACAAGCCGAUCCCUGAGGGGGACACUACACUCAAUGGAGAGGAUGAUGAGCCCAACCUGCAGGAGCUUGCGACCUGGAACAAACUGAACCAUCCUUCUCAGCCGUCGACAUCGGCGUCUGCCGCAAUGUCCGCGACCCGAGUGACACCUACGACCUCUGCCGCCAUUCCCAUAUCUGCUAGCAAUAGCAGUAACAACAGCGGAUCCUCCUCGAGUGCGACGUCCUUUUGGGACCAGCUUCUUCCAGGGAGGCAUCGGCAGUCGUCUCCUCCCUCCAACCCGGCUUUUAUUCAACUCGCCAAGAAGCAACGGACCACGGACCCCGACUCGGACGAUACCGUUAGCAACAUUAGGAGCGGAUUUGGUUUUUCGGGGGUUGGUGGUGCACUGGGAGGCGAUGAUGACGUGGAGAAGGAUUUGAAAGGGCAAUUCCCUAUCUACCCGCCCUUCCGAUUCAGUGUUGCCUUUGGGGAUGUCCAGACACUCAAGGAGAACACCCGCGUCUGUUCUGACGCCUUUUUCUAUGCCGGAUCGUAUUGGAACUUGUAUAUUCAAAAGCUGCCAACAGACCUUCCAGAAGGCAUGCAGCUAGGAGUCUACCUGCAUCGACACUCGUUGCCAACCGUUGCUGAAGGUGUGCGGAAGAAACCCUGUCUGCCCCAAUUCUUUACACCUUCACCUUCAUCCCACAGUCGUUCAUCUGCUACUUUGGGACGUCCCAUUAUUUAUCGUGAUACUAGCAAGGGGGACCAGUACAUUGACCUCCCGAUCCUGCCCAUGCUGACCGAUCAACUGCGUCGACUCCAACAGUCCUCUAACUCCACUGCUGGGGCACGACCUAAACCGGCAGGUUCACCAGGAGGAGAAAGUGGUGAAGGAGAAGGUGAUGAUGGAUCUGACAGCGAAGAGGAUAACACGGUGACAGCGGCGGCAGCGGCAUUGUUCGAGGACUCGUUCAGUUGUUUUGUGGACAAGCGAGGGGUGACCAAGACUUGGUUCAAGAUCUAUGCGAUUGGAUUAGGGCCUGGUCAUGAUAUUACGCAAUUCCAGAGUAGUCCUGAUGACUUUGCCAUCAUGCAGAGCUGGGGUUGGAGAUCGUCGAAUCUGUGCUCGACGGCGUAUCUUCCUGAAUCACCGGUCCCAAAGGACGAUGUGGGGAUCAAGUUGCAGACGGGUUGUCACUGCACUGGGCUUUUGGUCUCUUCACAGGGUUGUUCAUCUGUGGAAGGAGAUACUGCCGCCACUAUGUCUACUACUUCUAUUACGGGCGCUACCUCGAUCGCAGCAGCAAUGCCCGCCGCGACCGCAGUCGAUCGAGCUAGUUCAGUGACACCUGUCAUCCCAGCCACUGCUGCUGCCGCCACGACAACCACAACGACGACGGUGACGGAUGCAGCGAUGGACGUGGAUUACGUCCACGAGUACGAGUACGACGAAGAUAUCCAGCAACAACCUCAACAGCAGGAAGGCAAAGGUCCUGUUCGCUCUACUACCCCUAGUAGUGGUGUCGCAGAAAUUGGCGAUAGACCACAGGCGCAGGAACCAACCAUGACAGUUGCAGAUGUGGAUAUGCAGGAUGUACCGGCGUACUCGACGGCGGCACAUGUGAAAACCGCGGCGUAG